AUGACAGAACCGCGGGCCCGGGUGCGCAACAAAGGCCAAGUCUUCAGCACCUCCGACCUCUCCGACUUCCUCUACGCCUUCGGCGACCACACGCGCACCCCCGCAAGCCAAACCUCGCUGCCCACCACAAUCAGCGCGCUCGACGAAAUCCUCACCGACUUCGUGAUCGAAACGUGCCACGCGGCGGCCCUCAGCGCCUCCUACAGCCGGCGGCAGAAGAUCAAAGUCGACGACUUCAAGUGGGUGUUGCGCAAGGAUGAGCGCAUGCUGGGCCGCGUGCUGGAGCAGAUGUGGAAGGAGCGGUAUAUGAAGGAGAAGCGGAAG